CCAUCUUACCUAUCGCAACAUUAUGUCAUCAUCGACAAAAUUGGGGAGGGAACUUAUGGGGUGGUGUACUUGGCCAGAACCAAGGACCAGCACUCUCGCAUGGUGGCAAUCAAAACAUUCAAGCCUGGCAAGGAGGGGGAUGGCAUUUCGCCUACUGCAAUCCGGGAGAUCAUGCUGUUGAGGGAGCUCAAACAUGACCACAUCGUCCACCUGGAAGCUGUCCAUCUACACCGGCCGGAGCCGAGCUUGUCCCUGGCCUUUGACUACGCGGAGCGCGAUCUGUACGAGAUGCUGAGGUUCCACAGGGAGCGCGGCAUGGGACCGGUGCUGGAAGCUUACACCCUCAAGUCGCUCAUGUGGCAGCUGCUGGAUGGCCUCCACUACCUGCACUCCAACUGGAUCAUGCACCGGGAUCUGAAGCCGUCCAACAUCCUUGUUGUGGGGGACGGCGAAGAGCAGGGGCGGGUGAAGAUCGGCGACUUCGGGCUUGCGAGGAUAUACGCGUGCCCGCUGCGGCCGCUGUCGGACAACGGAGUGGUGGUGACAAUAUGGUACCGCGCACCGGAGCUGCUGCUUGGCGCGCGCCACUACACGCCUGCGGCCGACGUGUGGGCGGCCGGCUGCAUCCUGGUGGAGAUGCUGGCCCUGAGGCCGCUGUUCCAGGGCAAUGAGCGAAAGAGCCCCGCCUCUGCCUUCCAGGCCGACCAGUGCGACAAGAUCUUCCGCGUGCUGGGGCUGCCCAGCGUGAGCUCGUGGCCUGCCCUGGAGCACCUGCCGCAUUGGCGCGACAACACCGAGAACGUGCGCGCGCAGAAACUCGACGCCCUGGCUGCGGGCGGCGGAUCCAACCCCAGCGCUCAGCAUGGGGGGGCGCUGUACGACCUGCUGUCCAGGAUGCUGGCGUACAACCCAGAAGACCGCAUCUCCGCCGCUGAUACAUUGCAGCACCCCUACUUUAAAGAGGAGCCUCAGCCCGGGAAGAAUGCCUUCAUGCACAACGGGCGGCUGCUGGUGCAGUAUCCCAGGCGCAGCAAGAGCGGGCCAGCAGGGGCAGGGGCCAGCAUGCCUCCUCGAGCCCCGCUCAACACCUUCGACGCCCCUCAAGCCCGCCUGGCCCCAUCGCGCAAUGCCACGCCUGCUGUGAGGGCUCCUGCACCUUCUCUGCCCAGCUGCAGCACUAAUUGGGCUGUACUUGAGGCGCAAACUUUUUGA